GUGAGUGUUUGCUGUUGUCAUUCACAAAUGCUGCUCUUUGUGACUCUUACUCAAAGUUGUAAUCUCACUUGUACCUACUGCGGUUCGGAUGAGAACUACGAGGACAUUGAGAACAUUACUCUCGAUGAGUACGAACGAGACACUCAUCCAAAGGAAAUGACUUACGACAUUUCAAAGUUGGAGCCAUUUAAAGAGAUUGAGGAUCUGGCGAUUUGCUUCUAUGGUGGCGAGCCGUUGCUGAAAACGCGUGUGAUUUAUAAGAUUAUGGACAUGUUCCCGAAUGCUCGUUUCUGUUUGCAAACAAACGCAACUCUGCUCAAAACCGUUAAGGAGGAUUAUCUAAUGAAGAUAGACACGAUUCUGUGCUCGAUCGACGGUCGUCCCGAAAUCACGAAUCGUUGCCGCGGUGCGAACACCUACGAGCGAAUCCUUGAGAACGUGGAGUGCAUCAAAGCCAAGGGCUACAGUCACGACUUGGUGGCGCGUAUGACGGUGAGCGUGGAGCAGCAAGGCGAUAUUUACGAGGAACACGUUCACUGGCAAUUGGAUUGCAACUGGGACACUCCCGAGUCCCAACGCAUCCUCGACUGGUGCCACUGGCGCGACACCUCCUACAACCCGGGCAUUUCGCGCCUCGCCAGCGAGUUUGAGCGCGUUCUGCUCACCGAGCAUCGCAUCUUGCCGAUUGCUCCAUUCACAGGAAUUCUCUAUUCCUUCCUGCGCGGAGAACGCGUUACCGGUGUUCGCUGCGGCAGCGGAAUCACGUCCUUCAAUAUCACCACGGGAGGCGGCGUGAGCAGCUGCCCGAUCGCUGCUGAGUUGGAAUGCAUCACGUACAUCCACAACAAAGAUUUCGAUCCUAAAAAAUUGCUGAAUUCGGAGAAAGUGGGCGAGCCGUGCGUUUCAUGCGAUAUUUUCCAUGAGUGCGGAGGGAGAUGCUUGUAUGCGAACCAGACCAAGUGGUGGGGCGAGGAAGGCUUCCUGGAGGUCUGCAAGACCAUUCGACACUUAAUGGACGAAAUGCAUCGCAUUCUGCCUGCUGUGCAGAAGGUCAUUGAGGAGGGAGUCUUUACGGUGGAGGAUUUCCACUAUCCUACUUACAACAACAGCAUCGAAGUCAUUCCGUAAGCGGGAAAGGUCCUCUU